GCACUGGGAUCACUGUCGUGAAAUGGCAACCAGACAGACUUACCGCAGUUAGCUUAGCGAAUAAACUGCCUAUAUUUUGAAUAAUGCAAAGUAAACUUCAUUCGUAAUAUUGCAUGAAAGUAUUGACAGCAUUAAAUCAUGGCUCCUAAAAAGAUGGCUCCAAAGAAGGGAGAAGAACCAAAACCACCACCUCUGAUUGGACGUUUUGGGACUUCGUUGAAAAUUGGAAUUGUUGGAUUACCAAAUGUGGGAAAAUCAACCUUCUUCAAUGUUCUGACAAAAAGUCAGGCAGCUGCGGAGAACUUUCCCUUCUGCACCAUCGACCCAAACGAGAGCCGAGUGCCCAUUCCAGACGAGCGCUAUGACUUCCUGUGCCAGUACCACAAACCGGCAAGUAAGGUUCCAGCGUUUCUGAAUGUGGUGGAUAUUGCAGGAUUGGUGAAGGGUGCUCAUGAAGGCCAAGGUUUGGGAAAUGCCUUCCUCUCCCACAUCAGUGCUUGUGAUGCCAUCUUUCAUAUGACACGGGCUUUUGAAGAUGAAGACAUCAUCCAUGUUGAGGGCUGUGUUGACCCAGUGAGAGAUAUAGAGAUCAUUCAUGAGGAGCUGAGGUUGAAGGAUGAAGAGAUGAUCGUGCCAAUCCUAGACAAGCUUGAGAAGACCGCCGUAAGGGGAAGCGACAAAAAACUGAAACCUGAAUAUGACAUCAUGUGUAAAAUAAAGUCAUGGGUGGUCGACGAAAAGAAACAUGUUCGAUUUUACCGUGAAUGGAAUGACAAAGAGAUUGAGGUCUUGAACAAGUAUCUAUUCCUGACGUCCAAGCCAAUGAUCUAUUUGGUAAACCUCUCGGAGAAAGAUUACAUCAGGAAAAAGAAUAAAUGGUUGGUGAAGAUCAAGGAGUGGGUUGAUGCUCAUGAUCCAGGUGCAUUGGUCAUCCCAUUCAGUGGAGGAUUUGAGAGCAAGUAUCAGGACAUGAGCGAUGAAGAAAAACAGAAAUAUUGUGAGGAGAACAAAACGCAAAGUAUUUUGACCAGGAUCAUCAAGAGUGGGUAUGCAGCCUUGCAACUGGAGUACUUCUUCACAGCAGGACCUGAUGAAGUCCGUGCAUGGACCAUCAGGAAAGGCACCAAGGCCCCGCAAGCAGCCGGAAAGAUCCACACAGACUUUGAAAAGGGCUUCAUUAUGGCUGAAGUCAUGAAGUUUGUAGACUUUAAAGAGGAGGGCAGUGAAAACGCUGCUAAGGCCGCAGGAAAGUAUCGACAACAGGGACGAAACUACAUUGUGGAUGACGGUGACAUCAUCUUCUUCAAAUUUAACACACCAAAUCAGCCCAAGAAGAAGUGAUGUCAGCAUAAAGCCAGUUGGAUGGACUUUACCAUAUGGCCUGUGGGCAGCAUUGUGUCGCAACUUUGCCGAGUCUCUUCAUUUUUGGCUUUGGAACAUUCAGAACACACUCACACCCUAGCGGUGUCUAAGUUUCUUUUUAUUUUAUCAUGUUGGCUGAUGAUUGAGAUUACCAUUAUGGCUCAACUGUUUACAAGAGUUGCAUAUUACACAGCAAAUCAGGCUUUUAUUUCAAUAAAACACUUCUUCAGACCAAA